AUGGAGUCGCAGCACCAGACCCAAUCUCCGUCCUCGGUCCCGGACACCAAGCUCUGCAGCAACAAUUGCGGCUUUUUCGGGAAUGCGGCCACAGAGGGCAUGUGCAGCAAGUGCUGGCGGGACACCGAGGUCCAGCGGCAGAAGCUGACCCGGCCUCCCGGGCUGGUCACCCCGGGCCCCCUCCCCAUUGAGCCAGCGGCGGUGCCAUUGCCUACAGCGCCCUCCUCCCGCGCGAAGGAGCAGGCUGCAGUCCAAGCUCCCCCUCGGGCCCCAGUGCUAGCCGCCCAGCCCUCUGUUCCAGCCAUCGAGGCUGCAGCAGAUGCCCCUGCCCGCCCCGUGCAGGCCCAGCGCAAUCGCUGCUUCGGCUGCAACAAGAAAGUGGGCCUGCUGGGGUUCGAGUGCCGGUGCGGCUUCGUGUUCUGCUCCUCGCACCGCCAUGCCGCGGACCAUGCCUGCACCUUUGACUAUGUGGGCAUGGACAGGGCCCGCCUGGCAGCCCAGAACCCCCUGGUCGCAGCCUCCAAGCUUGACAAACUCUGA